AUGCAGACAAAAGUGAACGAAGAGCGUCCGCCGGUGUGGAUUUGCCUGGUCCUCGUCUACUCGUGAGCAUUUCGAUCUCUGUGAUUUCCAGGAAAUGAUUGCAGGACGCCAUUUGUUUUGUUCUUCGUCCUUAUUUUUCUGAUUAAAUGGCGGCCAUUUAACGAGUUCUCAUCAAUACUUGCUUGGAUAAGGUUGCAGUCAGGUUUUCUCAAAACAAGGUCGAAAUGAUUCAGAUGGUACUGCUCUUUCUCUCCAAGGAUUUUUGUUACGGAAUUCGCCAGCGUCGAGCGCGAGCCUAUUCUGAUAAUAGAUGCUGAAGCUCGUUUUAUUUGAUAUUUUUGGUUUUUAUAAUGAUUGAUUGUUAAAAAAAUCAGUCUCUCCUCAACUUGAAGUAUAGAAAAAAUAGGUUUGUGUUUUUCAGAGUCUGUCCUCGAUAUCAACAUCGACAAGCCCAUUUCUUCUCCGGGAAAGGCAAACCGACAGCUCCGCCAGCAUUCAAACAAUAUCUGUAUGA